AUGGCUCCGGAGAUGGCAACCCAAUCCGCCAAUCUACGCGCCGAACUGAAAGAAUGGGAGCGAGCUUUUGCGGACGCCAAUGGAGGGAGGAAAGCCGAAAGAAGCGAUAUUAAAAAGGUCCCUGAAAUUGCCGCAAAAUACAAAGAAUACUCCCGCCUAAAAGCCCUCGAGACAUCAUCAUCCACCACCACCAAGACCGACAAAAACCCCGUCCAACUAGAAGAACGGCCCAAGAAACGGAAACACACAUCCCCCAACGGCCCCUCAACAUCUCUUACCACAUCAACUCCCCGCAAGACCGCCAAAGGCGCCGCAGCAUUCGAAACGCCCUCCAAAUCCCGCCCCGUCGCAACAUCCCACCCCUCCGAAGUCGAUCCCUACGACUCCCCAUCCGUCCUCCGUCGUCUCUUCAGCCCAAGCACACAUCAAACCCCCCUAAAGACAGCCAUCGGCCCAACCCCGCAACGCGACGGCAAAGCCCUCGGCCUCUUCGACCUCCUCUCCGAGUCCGGCGGCAGCACCGCCACUCCAUCCGCAACACGCAUAGCCAGUCUCCGCGACACAGCAGUUCAGACACCCUCACGACGAAGGAAACAGCUCGACACAAUCGCCGAAGAAGGCGAAGAAGAGGACGACGACGAAGACGACAAUAGUCCCAGAGAAGCACGCACCCCCGCCUCAUCAGGCAAGAAAUGGAUGCUCUCCACUCUCUUCGCAACCCCAACGACAUGGCGCUACGCAAUGAUGGAGAACGAAAAACAAGGUCCACGGUACCCAGCAUACAUUCGAACCGACGACACAGCAUCAAAACAGACGGAAUCGCAGGCCGGACCGAACGCCGAAGAAACCCCUUCGUUCCUCCGCCGCGCAACAGCAACCCGCUACAAUCCCAACAAUAAUGCUGCAGACGACGGCGGCCUUAGCCCCAUAGCCGUGCGCAAGAGACCCCAAUUCGUCGGAAAGGGUCUCUCGGCUCUAGUCCAGGGACUCCGCGAUAUGGAAGAAGAGCAAAUGCAAGAUGACAUGGACAUACUUCAUGAAAUCGAGGCCGAACAACAGCAACAAGCGGCAGGAACCAUCACAGAUAGCCAGACACAACAACAAUACCCGCCUACCGAAGAAUCCCGCCCAUUCAAAAAGAAGGGCCAGAAACGAACCACUCGCAAAGUGCGCAUGAAGCCCGUUACCGCGAAACCAAAACCGGAGCCCCAGUUACCCGCUUCGGACAAUGAAGAAGAAGAAGAGGAUAAUGAGGCGGAUAUAGUCCCCGAAACACAACAUCUCAAUAUCCCGGGGACUGAAACGCACGAUACAGAUGACGAACUCAACUCAAUCCAUUCUAUAUCAGGGUCCGAACCGGACUUGGACCCCGACUAUGACUACGAUGAAGAGGAAGAGGCAUUAUCUAAGCCUCCGGCAAGGAGUAAGAGUUUCUCGGAGAGAAUGAAAGAGGCGAUUGAGGCGGAUAAACCGCAGGCGCGAGAGAAGGAGCAGGAGGAUACUGAGAAGGAGAAGAAGAAGACGAAGUCGAAGGCUCAGACGCAGACGCAGACUCAGCCGCGUGCUAGGAAGGUCAAUCCGGCGGCGCAUGCUAAUUAUCGGUCUUUGAAGCUGCGGAAUAGAGGAAGUAAGGGGAGAUACGGGGGACGGUUUGGGAGGAGAUAG